AUGAAAAAAAUUGAAGAAAUUGAUGUGGGGGAAUUUUAUUCAAUAAGGGAAACCCUAUGCCAUGACCUUCCACCUGAUCAGCAGGUUGAUGGGGUCUAUAGAAACCUGGAGAACUUUUUACUUCUGCUGGUCAAGUUCUAUUUUGAGACUGAUCAGUACAGGAAACCUGGGGAUAAGCUGGUGUGGUUCAGUGAGAGGGAGGGAGCAUUUAAGGUUGCCAUAGGGGGUGAUGGGGCUCCUUUUGGGAAAUGGGAUCAAUCUAUGUCAUGGCUGAUACGUUUUUUGAAUGUGGGGCCCAGGAUAGCUAGUCCCAGUGACAAUUUUUUGCUUUUUGGAGCUAAUUGUAAGGAGGACCAUAUGGUUGUUUCUCGUUUUACAGUGAAACUUGCUACAGACAUGGAAAAAAUAGAGAGCAAAUCUUACACAGUAUUGGGUAAGAAUGUCACCUUUUCUUUUGAUCUCUUGCCAGGAGAUAUGAAACUCCUUGCAUAUAUAAAUGGGGAAUUAAGUAAUGCGGCUAAAUAUUUUUCUAGCUUUGCUAAUGUCUCCAAAGAUGACUGUAAUGCACUGAAUGGGAAGUAUGGAGAAUCUCAUGAUUGUAAGUGGAAGCCUUGGCAGUAUGCAGAAAGAAUCAAUGUUGCAAAACAGGUUGAAGAUUUCAAGAAAAAAGUACCUAGUCAUUUAGCAGUAUCAACAAAGAGAUCCAAAGUAACUCAAUUUAUUGCUGUAAAAAAAUUCAGACAAGAAUUCAAACCAUUAAUUGGUAAGCUAUGUGACAAGGAAGUUGUUGAACCACUUCACCUUAAGAAUAAUGGUGUCCAACAUUUUCAUGCAAUGUUACUUGAUCUUGCUAUUUCUGUAAGUAACCUCCCCAAAAAAUUAAAUAGCCUUGAUGAUUUGCCCUCCAAUUCGGCAAUGUCCAGGUAUUUAAAGGCCAUGGAACAAGAUGUUAAAGCGGGUGUCUGUAAAACGCGGACCGGAUACCUGCGGAUGGCGGAUGCGGAUGGGAAAAUGCGGAUAGAAAAAUGCGGAUGGAAAAAAAAAACGCGGAUAGCAAAAAAAGUAAGAAGAAAAAAAAAAAACGAGAAAUGCGGAUAACAAAAAAAAAAAAAGAAUAAAUAAACAAACAAACAAUUAGGAAAGAAAUCUUUCUUUCAAGUCGCUGUCACAUGGUUGGACCCUUCACUGCACUUACAUCCAGAACGUGAUGCCAAUAGUUGGCACAGUUUUGUACUCAGUAAUUCCUUUCAUUAAUGUCACAGAAAUAAGAACGCUCCGUUCCUCCUCCUUAAAUGCACACAUACUUGAUGCACUUCUCCUGCGAGUGUCUAGCCUAAGGCUUGCAGGCAAGGAAAACAGCUAAAAAAAAUCGGCUAGCAAAGGAGGUGUCUGCAAAACGAGGACUGGAUACCUGAGGAUGGCGGAAGCGGAUGGGAAAAUGAGGAUAGAAAAAAUUGUGAACAAUAUCAAAAACCAAAAAAAAACACAAAUUUGGAUAUAUAAAUUGUGUCACGAGAACACUUCAUAACAAAACACGUGUAUAACGUUGUUCGGACAACAACAACAAAAAAGGACUAAAUUUCAUCAAAUUAAAAGAAAAUUAGAGAAAACAAACUGAACCUAAAAAUAGGGUGAAUUACGCGAAAAAGUCGGCGUGUUUUACUUCGCCUAUUUCACGCUCGCCUCCGCUAAAUCGCCAUGUUUUCUCACAAAGGAGCCUGAUCUUCAAAAGGGAUCAUAAUACAAAUCAAUUUUCGUUCUGCCUUGACUCUGGUCGACUCCGCCAUAGCAGACCAGUUCAGAGAGUGACUGUGAACUGCAGACACCCGCAGAAGCCCGUUUUUGAGAUCAAAAGCUAAGCUACUGUUACACUAGUGGUCUUCUGUUACACAACUUGAUUUCCUCUCGGUUUUGUGUGAAUCGGUCUUGUUUAAUGAGGGUUUUUCUACAGAAAUUCAUUUUCAAGCAACAUGCCACACCCUCAACAGAGUCAUUUAUCUGACCUUUGUUCCAUUUUGAAUUCACAGUUUUACGAAAAGCUUCCAUCAACACAUAAAAAAUGCUGAUCUGGUGUAGACAUAGCCAAAACAAAAUAUAAAGUAUUCUUAAGAAGCAGCUUGGUUUUUUUUUCUCAUUUGCAAUACUUAAACAUCUUUCCAGGUAGAAACGCACGGGAGCGGGCCAAAUAAUUCGAAUAUUAUAUAAAUUAUUUUCGAUUCCUAAUUCUGCCCUUCACGCUUUUAAAAACGAGUUUUAAGUUGCUCGAUACAGACGUUCUAAAAACUCACUGAGGAUAUGUUUUGGAAACUAUUUUGCUAGGAGAAAAAUUAGAAACAAAAACAAAUCAAACUGAAAGUAGCCUUCAUUAAUGCGUUUCGAAGUAACACUUUUUUUUGCGGGAGUUUAAUUUUGCUGAUUAGGUGAUUUUUUUUCAGCACCAUUUCGGGAAAUAACUUUUGCGAUUGAUCAAGAAGUCUGUUUUUUCUUUUCAAUGUGCAGUAUAUUUUGCAAUUUUAAAAAUUCGAAUCAUUAUUCAUGCACUUAUAAAUUCCCAAAGGGUAGAGCUUGUAAAAAAUAAAUCCACAUGAUAGGCGGAGUUGAUUGGCAUCUGCCAAAUCGGAAGGUUACGUUUUUACGUUCGGCCUUUUUUUCUGGUUGAUCUGCAAUUUUUUCUGUCUUGAGCCGCUCAAACAAGUAAGUCUUGAUUUGAUUGCCCUAAGAAUAUUCUUUCUGUAAGUUGAGUACACUAUAUCCAGUAGGAGCAAAGAAAUCAGAACUCCAGGUCAGAAUGAUUUUAUAUUAAAAAUUGCAUUUGUCGUUUGUUUUGCAAGUACUAACACCCAUGCCUCCCCCUCGUAGCUUGAUAACCAUGAAAUUCCGAAUAAAGUAAUGUUUAAAAAAACAGCGAUCACUCCCGAAAGUAAAGACACACUGUUCGUGAAUUACACCGCUUUAGGAUGCUGCUCUGGUAAUAUUCUGCAUAGCCUGCGAGCAAGCUCUCUUAUUUAGGCGAGCGAAACGAGCCUCGCGAGAACGCGCGGGACUCGCUUUGCUCGUCCAAAGAGGAGAGCUUACUCGCAGGCUGUAUUCUGCAUUCUGACUCGUGAUUGCAGAGACCACUGGCUCCUUAUUGGGUAAAGAAAAGAAUAUUAAACAGGGCCAGUGCUAGCCGAUUUUUUGAGCUGUUUUCCUUGCCUGCAAGCCUUAGGCUAGACACUCGCAGGAGAAGUGCAUCAAGUAUGUGUGCAUUUAAGGAGGAGGAACGGAGCGUUCUUAUUUCUGUGACAUUAAUGAAAGGAAUUACUGAGUACAAAACUGUGCCAACUAUUGGCAUCACGUUCUGGAUGUAAGUGCAGUGAAGGGUCCAACCAUGUGACGGCGACUUGAAAGAAAGAUUUCUUUCCUUAAUUGCUUUUUGUUUGUUUAUUUAUUCUUUUUUUUUUUUUUGUUAUCCGCAUUUCUCGUUUUUUUUUUUUCUUAUUUUUUUUGUUAUCCGCGUUUUUUUUUUUUCCAUCCGCAUUUUUCUAUCCGCAUUUUCCCAUCCGCAUCCGCCAUCCGCAGGUAUCCGGUCCGCGUUUUACAGACACCCUGUUAAAGCAGGGAGAAUGAAAAAACAACUAGGUAGGUGGCUCCUUGAGGAUAGAGCUAAAGAUAAAGACUUCACUUACAGGUUAACUGGUAAAGAUUCGCGCCUAAUCUUGCAUGGCUUUAUGUAUCUAGUGAAAGCAAUUCAGGGUGACUCAAAUGAUCCCAAGUUGAUAAUGCGACUUCUGCCAAUUGUCUUCAUUGGUAUUCGACCCAGG